UUUUCAGCGUCUCUCUCGUGGGCUUCUGAGAUGUCUGGUCGACUUGGCUUCCUCGCUUAUGGUGCUCAAAGAAGCUGCCCUUGCAGACCAUCAGCUGCUGAAGAAACACCAGUCAGAAGCUGGCAUUCUCACGCCCCUCUUUUGUCCCCGCUGUCGCACCACGAACACCGAUGACGCCAGUCACUCGUCAAGAAGUUCUUGGCCUUUACCGCAAGAUAUUCCGAAUAGCCAAAAAAUGGCAAUCGGCAUCCAGACAGAUGGAAGAGACCAUAAAAGAAAAACAGUAUAUUAUAAAUGAAGCUAAAACACUAUUCCAAAAGAAUAAAAAUCUAACAGAUCCUGAGCUGAUUAAGCAAUGCGUAGAAGAGUGCAAGGCGAGGGUCGAGAUCGGACUGCACUACCACAUCCCCUACCCAAGGCCUAUUCAUCUGCCUCCAAUGGGACUCGCACCGCAGCAAGGCCGAGCGUUUCGACAUCAGGAAAAGCUGAGAAAGCUUUCCAAGCCAGUCUAUUUGAAAUCUUAUGAUGAAGUUUCAUAAUCCAGUUUCAGGCUACAGCCAAUAUCAUCCAGGACUGUUUGGCAGAUAAGUUUCACGCCCACAAUGGUUUAAAAAGAAGAAGAAGAAGAAGCUGGUUAGUGCUCACUGACACUUUCCUUAAGGUUAAGAACCUACUUGAUUGCAAGCAGGAGAUGACUAAAGAUGAUUAAAACUGUCUGGUAUUUCUUAAGUGUCAACAGCUGAAUCAUCAAUAAAAGAAAUUAGUAAUCAAGUAAA